AUCAUUAGGUUGACAAGAGCAGAAGACAAUACACAAAUUUUGAGUUUGUUGUGGUGUCAUACAGGACAAAUACAUGCGAGGAUCACAAAAUCUGUGCUGGUAUACAUCUCGAAAAAUAUGAAGAGGAGAAAUGCUGACUGCGGCAAGCUACGACGCCUUCCAAAGCGAAGCAAAAUAACGGAAGGUUUCUACGGAAGCACUUUUCUGUACCUGAAGUUUCUAAUGGUUUGGGCCCUUGUGCUGAUGGCAGAUUUCAUCUUGGAAUUUCGUUUUGAGUACCUGUGGCCAUUUUGGCUUCUAGUCAGGAGUGUGUAUGAUUCAUUCAAAUACCAAGGAUUGGCUUUUUCAGUGUUCUUUGUGUGUAUCGCAGUAACUUCAGAUGUCAUUUGCUACCUCUUUAUUCCUGUACAGUGGCUAUUCUUUGCGGCCAGUACAUAUGUUUGGGUACAAUAUGUAUGGCAUACAGAAAGAGGAAUUUGUCUUCCUACAGUAUCACUAUGGUUGCUGUUUGUAUACAUAGAGGCUUCUGUCAGACUGAGGGAGUUCAAAAGUUUACCAUUUAAUUUAGAUCUCUGUAGACCAUUCGCUGCUCAUUGUAUUGGUUAUCCAGUUGUCACUUUAGGUUUUGGAUUUAAAAGUUACAUAUCAUACAAAAUGAGAUUGAGAAAACAGAAAGAAGUACAGAGACAGAAUGACUUUUAUAUAAAUUUAAUACAGAAGGCUCUGCCACCAGAGCUGCAAAGCCAGUAUAUUGAAAAGCAAAAAGCUUUACCAUCAAAAUCAGAGGAGGAUGUAAUCUCAAAUGGUGUGGCAGGUGGGAAAAAGUCGGGCAGACACGAUGAUGAAAAAGAAAUAAAGCGCCCAAACAAAGUCGUAGAUGAGAAUGAAGAUGACAACAUAGAAUUUAUAGAGCAAAGUUUACCAAAGAAUUCGUCCAAAGCAGAUGUCAAUAGCUUUGAUGAAAUUGCUGACAAUAUAUCCAAUGACCAACAGAGUAAAUUCAGAUCAUCAAAUAGUAUUAGCAAGACACAAGUCAGUAAGCUGAAUACAAGCAAGGAAAGCAACAAAAAAGGCAAAAAUUAUAACAAAGAGGCUCCACCAGCUACAUUUAGUAAUAACAAAGAUGAAGUCAUUUUAAGACUGGAGAGCGAUAUUAAAAAAAUGAAAGUAGACCUCCAGACAAGUCGAAAUUGUGAACAGGAACUUCGAACACAGAUAGGCUCUUUUAUGGGUGGUGAAAAAUCCAUGAGAUCCGAACUUUACCAGUUACAGGAAGAUAAUGAAAGUCUUCAAAAUAAACUCCAUAAUCUUGUCACAAGCAGGCAGCAAGACAAACAGAGCAUUAUCUUACUAGAAAAGAAACUCAAUGAGGAAAGGAAAGGCAGAGCAGGAAUAGAAUUACAAUUAACUUCAGAACGGAAAGCUAAAAAGGCAGAGGAGGCAGCUGCAGCUCGGGCAGUUGCCAUGGCAGCAGCAGCCAGGGGUGAAUGCACAGAGUCCUGCAAAGCCAGACAGAAAAAUAUUGAGAAUGAUAUUAAACUGCUCAAACAAAACCUCAAAGUUCGUGAAGAACAAUUUCGACAGCUAGAAUAUGAGAAUCAGUCCCUUCAUCAAUAUAAAGAGGCACAGACAGAAACGGAUGUGCUAAUGUCUGCUCUGUCAGCCAUGCAGGAUAAAAAUACACAUCUAGAAAACAGCUUGAGUGCAGAAACAAGGAUCAAGCUGGACUUGUUCUCAGCAUUAGGGGAAGCCAAGAGACAGAUAGAAAUACUCAAAAAUUUAGUAGCUGAAAAAGAUAAAGAAGUUGCAGAUUUGAAGUCAAAGGUGACAGAGGCAAUGGCCAUAAACAUGAUGCCUUCCUCCACAACAGUGAAUGGAUGUGGUAUGGAAACAACCUCAACUUCACCAUUAUACUCAUCAAACUACAAGAAGGACAACAGCAUGGUUAUCAAAUCCAACCUCAACCCUCACGCCACAGAUUACACGCCUAAAACUACCAGUAUCUAAAUAACAAAGCCACUCUUACUGAAACCUGCAUUAAGGUUAUGGCAGUUCUUUAAACAUUCAAAUUCUUGCAACUUUAUUUCUUUAAUAACAAUUUAUUGUUGUUCAAUGUUGGUGAAAAUUCUUAUUGUUUACAAAAGUUGUGAUAAUUUGAAAUUUUUGAGAACUCUAAAACUGAUGGAGGCUUCUUCAUGGACGUUUGGUUAGGCAGGUAAUGCUGCCUUGUAUGGACAUUUCAUAUUUUAGUCUUCAUAAUGCCGACUGCCUCCCACAUACUUUAUGUUGUUACACUAAAUAGUUUAUACUACAAUCGUAGCAGUAUUUAAGAUAUACAUUUGUAUGUUUGGUUAUCUCCAAUCUAUUCAGCUUGUUAAGAGUGCAUGCUAUUUUGACCUAGGAAAAGUACAAUGGCUUGUAAAGGGGAAGAUUCCCUACAGAUGUCACUAUGUCAAUACUGCCAUAUUUAUAUUAAAGAUUUGAGAGAAAUCUGUCUCGUAUUUGCAUGGAAACACAUGCAAAGCUUGUGAGAUUUUGUUUAUUAAAGCUGAAGUUUUAUAAUUUAAAAUGGAUUCUCAUCAAUUCCAAAUACUGGUUGUAUUUACCUUUGUAAGGCUAAACAUUCAUGUUUAAACUGUAUGUGUGACUGAUCAGAUUGUUAUAUGUUUAAUAAUGUUCUGAAAGCUGUUCUACAGGUGUUUACCAUACGAUAUUAUAUCAACUUUAAACUGCCCUACUUGAUAGAGGUUUCUCUCAGAGCUAAGAAAUUAUAUGCAGAAUAAUUCCAAUUUUUUGACCAAAGGUAAAAGAUGCAUAUGUUGAUUUGAAGAUAAAUGCAUUCAUUUCAAUUAAUUGAUCUGUGGAUUAAUCUUUAAAGUCUUACUUUAGCAAGACACACCUUAUUCAGGCCAUCAUACAUAUAAUUUUCUAAAUGGUAAAAUUAGUACUUAGAUUUUUAUCCACAGAUAAAUUCUCAAAAAGUGUUUGGCAUAUUUUGAUUCCUUUUACUGCUCUCACAGAACUUUUUAUUUUCCCCAAGAAAUGCAAUUCUUUAAUUGACAAUGUAAAUGUCAUUUAUUGUGCAACAUCUGUAUCUGAUGCACUAUUGGAUUCCUUUAAUGUUUUUGUGUUAUUGAUUCAAUGAGGUUAUGUGAAGACAUUUGUUAUAUACAAUAAUACUAUAGACACAUGAAGACUACAUUCAGAGCAGCUAUUUUAUUUCACAUUUACCAGCAAAUUACACAUGGUUAGUACAUGUACCACUUUAGUUCUACAAAAUAAAUUGUUCAUUUCAGUUUAAAAGCUGUUUUUCCCCCUUCAAAUUUAUUCAAUGUACAAAUUUAACUUUUGAGAAACAGUAUCUCUGGCAGUAACUAUCAGAUGUCGCCCUUUAUUUCUUUGGGGGAUGGAUGAAGUCGGAUUAGGUGGUUUGGGGGAAAGAUUUCUGUUCUUUUGUGCUCCUGAUAAAAUAUCUUGUACUGUAGAGGUAAACUUUGAUAUUGUUUUUAUAUUGUUCAGUAUUUUGUGUUCAUACUACCAGGGUAGUUUGUUCUUUGACAGUUUAUGCUGACAUAUUAAUAUGUAGUGUAACUUUUUAAAAUAAUUUUAAUAAGUUCAGAAUUUAAUACCAUUUAUGUAUUGAUUUUAAAGUAUGGAAGAACCACAGAACUUUUGUUAUAAUUCUGUACAUACAAAGCUAGGAGUUUAUAAAAUCACAAAUUUCAAUCAAUACAUUGCUGGCUUCUCACUGAGCAUUACUGCUGAAAUUGGUGUUUUAUUUUAGUUUUGAAGUGAGAAUUGAGUAACUGUAUAAGGUAUUUAGCUUUGAAUCAGAUUAAUAAUGUAACAUUAUUAUGAUACACAAAUCAGUAAAAAAUUACUUGUUAGGCAAUGUUUAGCCUAUUCCUGGCCAAUUUUCACUACAGUAUUUGUAGUUGAGCACAUGUUGGCACUACAUUUCACUGUUAAUUUUGCCACAGCUUGCAUUCAUUUAGCCUUUCUUCCUGGUUUUACUGAGGGUUUAGGGUUAAAGUAAUGUUCAACUAACAUACUUAUUUUUGUAGCUUUAACAAUAUUUUAACUAAUAUGUUUAAGUUCUGAAUUGUUUAUGAAUUAUUUAAAAGACAUGUUUAAGAGUACAAAACUGCAGAACUUGUCAAGCAGAUUUUAUUUUUGAUGAAGGAAAAAACAAAUUUAAUUCACACUAACACCGGCUUUCAAACUUCAAUUUUCCACUCUUUAAACACAUACUAUCAUAAUAGUAAGAUUUGUUUUUGAUGUUUAUGCAUCAAAACAUUUCUUAUAAUUAGGCUACUUUGAAGGCAAAUGUCCAUUCACUAUAAAUGCUUAUUAGGUAUUGUUUUGUAAUCCCAUGGUAUACAUCUGUGGUAUGUUUUUGCUUGAUGUACUAGUUUUUGUGUGUUAACACAUUUAUUGUUAUAGUAACUUGAUGAGAAACAUGAUGGUAAUGACAUUGUCAGUCAUUGUAUUACUAGGCCUAGAGCCAAUGCAUGACAAGUAAGUCUAUAUUGUACUGGAAGGCUUUUCAACAGACAUUAGUCUCAUAGAGGGCUGCUUUUUUUGCUGUUUAAAGUGAAAAAAGUAAGAAAAGAAAGGUAUUACUACAAAAAGUGCCCUAUCUUGCUGCCAAGAUUAAAAGCUAGCAAUUUUAA